CUAGUUUUAAUUUAAAAUAAUAAAAAAAAAGCAUUCAAAAAGAAGAUGAAGUGUCAAAUUCCUGAAAUAUCAUGGCAUAAUAGAGAUCCAGUAUUAUCAGUAGACUUUCAACCAAAAUCUGAAGAUUCAAUAAUGAGGCUUGCUAGUGGCGGAUCAGAUUCUCAUGUUAUAAUAUGGUAUGUGAUAGAAGACGACGAUGCAGUCCGACUAGAACUAGCUAGUGACUUAACAAGACAUCAAAAAGCUGUAAAUUGUGUUCGAUGGUCACCAAAUGGGAAGUACUUAGCUUCCUGUGACGACGAAUCUGUGAUUUUUAUCUGGAAAAAGAAGGAAGACGAUGGCUUUAAUAUUUUUGAUGAGAGCUCCGACAGUGACAAAGAAGUUUGGAUCUCGUAUAAAACGUUAAGAGGUCACAUGGAGGAUGUCUAUGAUCUGUCAUUCUCACCAGAUUCACAAUUUAUCAUGUCUGGUUCUGUUGAUAAUACAGCAAUGAUAUGGGACAUCGAAAAAGCUAAAUCGUGCUCCAUUAUUAGGGAUCAUAAAGGCUUUGUUCAAGGCGUUGCAUGGGAUCCAUUAAAUAAAUAUCUUGCAACGUUAUCGACUGAUCGACAUUUUAGAAUCUUUGAUGUCAAAUCUAAAAAGAAUAUCCAACGAAAUCACAAGUCUAUCAUACCUGUAUCCUCGUCAAGUCCAUUUUAUAAAAAGCCUAUUCGACUAUUUCAUGAUGACACCCUGCAAACAUUCUUUCGGCGACUGACUUUUAGUCCAGACGGCUCCUUAAUUCUCGUUCCAAGUGGCGUUGCUGAACUUGAAGGAAGUGACGCUAAGCCAUUAAAUACAACAUACAUUUAUAGCAGAUAUUCAUUGGAUGAACCAGCUCUUGUGCUCCCAUCACCUGACCAAUACACAGUAGCUGUUCGUUUCUGUCCAAUCCUUUUCGAGCUAAGGAAUAGUAAGGCAAAGCCAAUAAUUCCACUUCCAUAUCGCAUGAUCUUUGCAGUGGCCACAAAAUGCUCUGUUUAUUUAUAUGACACACAACAGAAAAUCCCAUUCGGAUUAAUAUCAAAUAUUCAUUAUACUAGAUUGACUGAUUUAUCAUGGUCUAAUAAUGGUAAAGUUUUGCUCGUAUCCAGCACAGACGGAUAUUGUUCCAUUGUACACUUUUCAAAUGGUGAAUUGGGUGAGAUUUAUAAGGAAAAGAGCCUUCAAGAGAUUAUUGAUGCUAAAACAGUCAAGGACUGUGAACCAAAAAAGAAAAAGAAGGUCAAGAAGAAUGGAAGGUUUAAUGGAGAUUUAAACAAGUCUGUAAGUGCUGAGGAUAACAAAAUGGAUGUCGAGAAUUAUGAAAAUGAUGAGAACGAGGAAAUGGAAGUAGAUGACAAUCAAAAAGAAUCAGUAGACAAAAUUUCACUCGAUAAUCUGCCAGAAUCAAUUAAAGAGAUGAUUCCAGUUGAUAAAAUAAUCAAAAGUAAUGAAAUAUUCUCUCCUGAGAAGCAAGUCGGUUCACCAGCAACACCAAUUCAAGUAAGAAAAUGUCCGAGAGUGCCAGAAGAAUUAAAAGAUUCUUCAGAAAUUGAUACAAACACGACUCCAGCUAAAUCAAGUGACCAUAAUAAUACAGAAUCAAAUGCCACAACACCAAAGGCUUCAAUAUCAAGUAAGACACCUAAUCGCAUAGAAAUAAGAAGAUAUCCCCGAACAUUUGCACAAAUUAAUGGAACUGCCAAUGAAAAGGAGAAAAAGGUGGAGGAAUUAAAAGAUAAGACAGAGGAAAAUUCAUGGCCAAAGCCUAUAUUUACGUCCACAUCGCCUAUGGAACGAAAGCUACAGCAGUCAAGUGAGAAAAUAAAUUCGAUUGAAUCGCCUAAAACCCCACGACGAGUCGAGUUUCACACAAUAGCUCCUAAAUCCAAGAAGAAACUCUUGUAAUUUAUGUUUAAUUAAAUCUGUUUUGAAUACUUUAGCUAUUAAAUCAUAUCUAACAAAACGAAAACAUAGUUAAUAAAGAUUUUUUUGUUUCAUCUUAGUCCCUUUUGAAAUUUAUUUGUUUUAAACUUUAAUAUUUUCACGAUUAUGUCAAUCAAUAAUUUUGUUUAUUAUCAAGUGAAAUUCCAGAAUUGGGUGCUUAAAGCUGCAAUAAUGAUCUAUACCAGCAUGAUUAUCAAAACUGAAGAGAAAUGUCAUUUAAUAAAUAAAGAACUGGUUCGUAUUAUAUAACGUUUUUUUAUAAUUUAAAUUAAAUCAAAGCUUUCAAAAAAAAUAUCGUUAAAUUUUCAAAUUUUUGGUCAUCGUUAUUUUUCAAAUAUUUCUUGACGGUUAUUUAUACUUAUUUAUUUUACUAGUUUGAAAAUUUAACGAACUUUUUCACAUUAUAAAAUCUCUUACAAUUUUUGAUUCUUUUUAGAGCGACUGUGAAGACUGAAGCUGAAUAUUAGCACAUAUCAGAUAUAUUUUGUAAACAUAUAAAAUGAAAUU